AUGGCCUCUUUUGCCCUUUCUCAUUGCAGAAAAUUUGAAUUUAACCCCAAAGAUGGGAUCGACAACCCUGCCUUGUCACUGGCUGAGGACACAGGUAAAUACCCCUAUCUCACCAGGGCAUCCCUGUGUCAGCACAGGCUGGCCUGCCGAGGCCACAUCAUCCGGCAGGUUGAGCUAGGGGGGCUGGCGCAGCGCAGGGGGCUACAGGAUGGGGACCGGCUCCUCCAGGUCAAUGGCCACUUCGUGGACCACAUGGACCACUGCAGGGUGGUGCAGAAGAUCAAGGCCAGCGGGAACCAGGUCUUACUGGCAGUGCUAGACGGCGACUCCUACGAAGCAGCCAAAGCCCUGGGCAGGGACCUGUCCCAGAUGCUGCCGAGUGACAUCCGCCCACGCCUCUGCCACAUCACGCGGGACAAAAGCGGUUUUGGAUUCAGUGUGUCGGGUCCGGAAGGCAUGAAGGGCAUCUUCCAGCUGUCGGUGCAGCAGGACGGGCCAGCCGAGAAAGCAGGGGUGCCUCCAGGCUCCUGGCUCCUAGAGCUGAACGGGGCCAGCGUGAGGAGCUACUCGCACAUGCAGCUUACCAGAAAGGUACAUGCUGCUGGUGUGGGUGGGUGGUGGACUGGCAACGUCACUGAGCACCCUGCAUUUCCCAUCCAGCUUAAGCAGAGCGGCAGCAAGGUGACGCUGCUGGUGGCAUCCAGUGCCGUGGAGGAGUUUUACAGCCUGCGGGGCAUGCAGGUCACGGCUGUCUUGGCAGACACCUCCUGGCUCCCCUUCAAGGUCCGGGAGCUGCACAUGGUGAAGGGUCCAGCUGGCUACGGGUUUCUGCUCAAGGAGGAUGACUGCAGCUCAGGUGCCACAGGCCAGUUCCUGUGGGAAGUGGAUGCAGGGCUGCCAGCUGAGCAGGCAGGGAUGAAGGAAGGGGACCGUCUCCUGGCUGUGAAUGGUGAGAGCAUCGAGGGGCUGGACCAUCAGCAAACAGUGCUCAAGAUCCGUGCCCAUGAUGACCGGGUAACGCUGCUGGUCAUCGACCCUGCUGGCGAUGAGUUCUACCAGUCGAUCGGGCUGUCCCCUCUGCUGUUCUUUGAGGACAGUGACUCUGCCUCAGGCUCCCACACGCCCUCCCUGCCCUCUCCCAGUGGCUCCCCUGGACUCUGUCACACUGAGGUGGGGCGAAAGGGACCUGGCUUCUGGCUGGUGGCUGCUGCCAACAGUAUAGGGAUCACACAGAGCCCGCGCCAGGAGGAGUGGAGGAGGCUGCACCAGGCAUUCUACUGCUGUGUCUCCAUGCCUGCGAUGGGGCUUGCAGCAUCACACCUGCCAGAGACUCAUCUCCACUGA